AUGGGGCAGCGCUUGAACCGCUGCCUCGAUGCCCCCGUCGCGUUGCCGCCGCUGAGGCGGAGGCUGCUGCUGCUCUUCAUCAUGCUCUUCCUCUGGCUCUACAUGUUCUACUCGUGCGCCGGCUCCUGCGCCGGGCUGACGACCCGCGGGUCACCCGCGCCGCCCCGCGCCGUCCCGCCGCUGCCCCCGCUGCUGCCGGGAGAGCCGGGCGAGGAGAGCAGCCUGGAGGAGCAGCGGGCAGCGCCCGACGCCGUCAGCCCCAUCUCCAGCUUCUUCAACGGCUCCGGUACCAAGCGGCUGCCGCAGGCCAUCAUCAUCGGCGUGAAGAAGGGCGGGACGCGGGCGCUGCUGGAGUUCCUGCGGGUGCACCCCGACGUGCGCGCCGUCGGUGCCGAGCCGCACUUCUUCGACCGCAACUACGAGCGGGGACUCGCCUGGUACAGGGAGCUGAUGCCCAGGACACUCGAGGGGCAGAUCACCAUGGAGAAGACCCCCAGCUACUUUGUGACCAAGGAGGCACCGGCCCGCAUCUCAUCCAUGAGCAAGGGCACCAAGCUGAUCGUGGUGGUGCGCGACCCCGUCACCAGAGCCAUCUCGGACUACACCCAGACCCUCUCCAAGAAGCCUGACAUCCCCACCUUUGAGAGCCUGACCUUCAAAAACAGGACUACAGGCCUCAUAGACACCUCGUGGAGCGCCAUCCAGAUCGGCAUCUACGCCAAGCACCUGGAGAACUGGCUGCUGCACUUCCCCAUCGGGCAGAUCCUCUUUGUCAGCGGGGAGAGGCUCAUCAGGGACCCUGCAGGGGAGCUGGGCAGGGUCCAGGACUUCCUGGGCCUCAAGAGGAUCAUCACGGACAAACACUUCUACUUCAACAAAACCAAGGGCUUCCCGUGCCUGAAGAAGGCGGAGGGCAGCAGCAAACCCCACUGCCUGGGCAAGACCAAGGGCAGGACCCACCCUGACAUCGACCAGGAGGUGGUGCAGAGGCUGAGGGACUUCUACAGGCCCUUCAACAUGAAGUUCUACCAGAUGACAGGGCAGGACUUUGGCUGGGACUGAGCCUGGCAUGGGAAAGUCCCCUGUUAUUACUUGCC